CCGGUUUUGUGCACCCUCCUCAAAAAGCUUUGUGCAAAGAGCUUUCUUAUCCAGGCGGCUGUAAUUGUGCAUAUCAAAUCCCAGGUGGAGCUUCUGGUCGGCAACCUCCCCCGCUUGCUUGCUCGUCGCAAAGGUGCCCCUGCCCGUAGGACAACGACGACCACUCAAUCGAUACCCCCAUCUGCCAAUUCUUGCGCCUCUGUAAUUCGAGAUUGCCUUCAUCGCAAGCAUGUCAGGCAGAUUUGCUUUCAACAAGGGCUUGAAGGAGGUCCGCUUCCUGUUCUGCCAGACGGGCGAGCACAGCGCUGCCACAAGAUCAUUCCUCCUUCGAAACUACCCUGCCAUGAAGAAGGAUAACCCGGCGACACCGAUUUUGAUUCGAGAUGCGUCCGGCACGCUACCCAAGGUCUAUGCGAGAUUCGAGUUCGGUAAGGAGAAGAGUCAGUCGUUGGAAGGUCUGUCCGACCAGCAAAUCGAGGAGACAGUAUCAUCCCUCGUCAAGAACAAUUCUUGAGCUGGGAAGUGAGAGGAGCCGUGAAGCAUGUCUAUAACACCAACAUCCUUGACGCUACAUACAACCCGCUGUGGUGGCAUAAUGAAACCCGCAACCCCGUCGACGCAACCGAUGGAUGGGUACGAUUGUUGAAUUCAUCGAGAAAGUUACCGCUUCAGUCGCCAAAUUCCAGGCUCACAGGUCUUUAAUGAUGUUAUACUCUGAGAUGAGGAAUCACACUUAUCAUCGAGGCAAUGCCCACCAUCUUAGAGAAGCGGAUUUGGAAACACUUAAUACAGCUCCGCAGCUUUGCCGAACUUUCGCCCUAUCUCAUGACAAACAGCUAUGCAACAGAGAUGCUUUGAGACUGUGUUGAUACGGCCAACGGGAGUGCAACCAUACGCUUGGUGACUGUGUGUGAAGAAAUCACAACUUAUUACAAACCGGCAACCGGAUUGGCACUCUGGCCUACCUGUCACAGUUCAGGUUCCUUAACGAGCAAGCUGGCAGCGAAGUUGGGGACUCGAUCAGAGCGCAAGUUGAAAAAUGGUUCUGCGUUUAGAUGCUUCAAAAACGAUAUGCAUCUAGGUAGGUUUGAGGGAAAGUGAUGCAAACAACAUCAGAACUGGUCCGCAAAAGAGGCUGCAACCUUCCCAACUUCCAAAGCUGCCAUAACUUUGGACAAGGAAAGGAGCUAGACCUUUCCCUCAAGAAGACAUAUUCAAGUGCCCGC